AUGAAAAAAGGAGAAGAGAAAAAUCCUUUUGGAGAAAUGGAUAAUACGCUGGAGAAAACGUCAUCAUCGUCUUUAUCUGUUGUGGAGAAGAAAUCUGGAGGAUGUGUUGGGAUUUUCUUUCAACUGUUCGAUUGGAACCGCAGAAUGGCUAAGAAGAAGCUCUUCUCCACAAAAUUGCUUCCUCCAGUUCGUUUGAAACAAGCUUCAAAGAAACUCGUUGGGGUCGGAAAGCAGCCGAAGCUUCGGUUGAUUGCUGAUGAAAACAGUGGAGGUUUUCCAAAGCGUAAUGUCGAUAAGCAACAAAAGCAGCAAGAAACUCGAGCACCGGGCUUGAUUGCCCGGCUCAUGGGCCUCGAAUCCAUGCCAGCAUUACAAAGAGAUAAAUCCAAGAAAAGUUUGCCGAAUUCGGAAAAAGAUGAGGUUAAGCAAGAGUCGAGGCCUCAAAAGCUUCAGAGAACAAGCGUGACCGAAAGGCAGCCAGUGACCAAAUUUGUUCCUGAGAAGCUGCAGCCUUUUAAGUGUGUGUUGUCAAAAUCGAGAAAGCAAAAUCACCCUCCGAAACUACCUUCCCUAUUGAAAAGCCCAAAAAAUGCCUCUUCCAAACGUCCGUCCAAAUUGAUUGGUGCUGCCAGUAGAAUUCUGGCUUCUUCUCAUCCUUCACAUAAUUCUGUUAUGGACGAGAGGGCCCGUUUGUUAUCGGGCCCAUCGGUGGAUAGUUAUCAGCCCUCUUGCAGAAAUUGUGGCUAUUUGGUGGAUAAUUUGGGAUCCAAACACGCCGCUAGUGAAAAGCUGUCGAUUUUCGCCAAUUGCUCGAGGCCCACUGCAUUUGUUAAACAAGAUGGUGAUUCGUUACAGUCUCGUGUGAAGUUCACGCAGUACAAUAUUCCGUUCAGUGUGCCGGUACAGAGGAAUUCAGAAGCUCUUCCUUUUGCAUUUAGUUCGAGUGUAAAGGCUAAAAGUGGGGUCCACACGUUUCAGGCGAGGGCCUCGGGCUCUUCUCUGAGGCCCAAAGCUGGCAAUGUGAGCGAAUCAAAGAAUUUUAGCAGUAAGGCAAACUUUCCCAUUGGAAUGGAAAACGAUAAAUUUGAAAUGGAGAAAAGGAUCUCUUAUGGUAUCAAAGAUUCGGUGCCAGCUGGACGAAAGAGGCGGCCGAAUAAUGUAUCUAGACAAGUAGAAGAAAGUGCUGGUUUUGUAAGGUCCCAAAAGAAUUUUAGUUCUUUUCCUGUAAUGCCCGGAAAACGUGAUCACAUCAUUAAUGAUAUGGAUAAAUCGCAAGAUAAUGUUGGUUCUUUCUCAUUUAGUUCUCAAAGAAGGAACAAAUAUGAUUCACCUUCUGGAGAAAAUGGUGUGAGGAAGAAAUUAGAAAAGCCACUGCCUUUAAGUGGUGAUGCCUUGGGUGCACUUUUGCUGCAGAAGUUGAAGGAAUUGAAUUAUGCAAAGGAUGGUUUUGAGAGAAAAACGUCUAGGAAAACUACCUCGAUGAUACUACAGGAGCUAAUAUGUGCCUUAACUACAGAUAAACAAACAGUGGAGGAUAAUUUACCGGUUUAUUCUGAUAGACGAAGUAGCUGCUGUAAUUACAGCAUGUUAGUUAACUCGUCUUCCACUAGUUCACAGGACAAUGCAAUGGCAAUGAACCCGUCUGUUGAGCCACCACUUGACAGUGAGCGCCUGAGCCCUGGAUCCAUUCUUGAAUCUUAUUUUUCUGCCGAGAGUUGUCAUUCUACCAGUCAAGAUGAGAGCCUAGCCUCUUUGAAUAAUCGAGCAACGAAUAAUGACAAAUUCGUCAAUGAUAUCGUCAACCAUGUGUCCGAAAUCUUGAGCUGUGAUAUUCUCGCUAGCAAAGGAAAGAGGCUCGACCAAGCAAAGGUAGCCCUUUUGAACUCCGAGCUAAUACUCCACAAUGCAUCCAUUUCAGAUGGGUUUGUGGGAAAAGGCUGUCCCAUUAAGCAUUUAAUCAUAGACGAACUGGAAACACUCACUAGCAUGCUAUGGAUGAAUUUCGGUAAUUUUCUUGGCAUUGAGGAUGGCAAAGAGGUUAAUCAACUGAAAAUUUUCGUUUUCGAUUCUGUUAUAGAAUAUUUGGAAGAGAGAUUUGGGGAGCAUUGUAAAUUUGGAUCGAACGUGUCGAGAAAAUUGCCACUGAGGAUGAACAUGAACACUUUGAUAUUUGAGAUUGUCGAUGUUGUAAGGAGAUGGGAUGAGCUUUCGAGGUAUGAUAGUCUCGAUAAGUUGGUGGAGAGGGAAAUGAGUUUUUCGCUCAAGGAUUGGACAGAGUGUGAGAAUGAAGGGUUUGAGACGGGCUUGGAGAUUAGUAGGUCUUUGUUACAGGUUUUGGUGGAUGAGGUUGUGGUGGAUCUUUGGACUUUAGUUAGCAAAGGGAAACAGUUGAGACCCAUUAGAGCUGUUCAAGUCCAAGGGGAUUGA